AUGGCGGAAAUACACCGCCUGGAAGCCCUACAUAAACUAAACCCACAACCCUCCAUCCAAAUACAACUGACAGCAGCUAGAGAGCUCCUAAAACGAAUAACUGCAGAAGAUACAGCCAGAGCCCUAAUGUGGCUCAAGCAGAAGUACUAUGAAAAAAGCAAUAAAGCAGACUCGAUGCUCGCACGGAAACUGAAACACCGCAUCCAAUCGAAACAGAUUUUGCAGGUCCGCACACCAACCGGACAAACGAGUGACAUACCAGAACAGAUAGGACAAAUUUUCCAGACCUAUUACACUGACCUUUAA